CAACGCCCAUACCCAUAGCCAGAACUUCUUGUCUGGACCUUUCAUGGACGAUGCAAUGAAAGAACGAAGCCGAGGGAGAGUGCGUGGCUCUGUGAUCAAGAAUGGCCUCCGAUAACGCGCUUUCCGAAUGCGGAAGGCCUGCUUGUAAAUUGGCUCGAACUAUUCACAGAUAGAUACAAUGAAGCAUUCCACCACUUGUUCAGGCUUCGUCCCAUGCAAGGCGACGAAUGAAUCUUGGAUGGCCUGUGCUGUGCAUAUAUCUACAAACGCGAUCGAGCGAAGAGUUGCGUCGCAUUCGGACUUGUCCCAUAUCCAGUGGUAGUGGGUCCGUUGGCCGCCCUUACUAUGCCUCCCUCAAUUCCUGAGGAGCUUCUACACGACAUCCUCGAGCAUCUCCUUGACUUUCCUACUGAUGCCGAAUUCUUCGUACUCAACGGCAGACGCGACGCCAAAAACGCCGCGCGCUGGCGCAUUGCCGACCCCGCGCUUCGCGAUCUGUCCCGGCGUCCACCAGCUCUGCUACUCGUUUGCAAAGCCUGGCGCCGCGUUGGCGUCCCUCUGCUCUACCGCACGGCGAUUAUCCGCUCCAAGGGGCAGGCCGAGUCGCUCACGCAUGCCAUCACCGCGCUGUACCCCGAGCGCGCUCGAUUCGUUCGGCGCUUGCGGCUGGAGGGCGGGUUUGGGAUGGACGCGUUCAAGCUUCUGAAGGCGACGACGCGUCUCACGCACCUCGCGAUCAAUCUCCAUGUCUUCGCGAAUGAGAGUAUUAUUGGCUUGUGCCGGGGUCUGCAGCUAGAGCACGUCAAUCCGACGGUGCUUGUGCUCGCAGACACGAAGGAGAACUCGAAGAACCGGGCGAAGCUGGUGGACACCGUGACGGACCAGGUUCCUAGAUGGACGAAGCUGAUGGCCGUACACCUUACGUGCAUAGAGUGGCAUCUCGGCCCCUACACGACUUCAAUUGUUAGGCUCCUCGCCAAUGCUCCCGCCCUACAUACGGUCGUCAUGCCGAUAGAUGGCCGGCCUCCCUUGAACGACAUCCGCAUCCUCAGCCGAAAUCGCGCCCUCGGCUGUCUUUUUUUCACCUCCGAAAGGACUUUCGCGAACUACUACCAUAUGGAUGCCAAUGAGAUCAACGCCGUUGAGGCCAAGAUCGCGGAAGACCCCCGAUUGAGCUCAAUAUGCGUAUAUGACACAGAGGACGGAAAAGCAAAACGCUGGGUCGACUCUCAUGAGUACCACCGCAAUCUAUAUCUCGCUGACGUAGCGAGGAGGAAAAGGGUUCCCUCCCCCGAGCCUACGACUUACGCCUCCCCUCCGCCAAUGCAUCUACAACCUCUGGAAGUCCAGCAGAGGAUUUGGCUGCGGAUCUUCGACUUCGUGAAACCGACCUCAAUCCUCAGCCCAACGGUUGUGGACGUUAAGCCCGCGCUCCUCAGCUGCAGCCGUGUAUGCAAGAUGUGGCGGCGCCUCGCCCUGCCCCGGGUCUACGCCAACAUUUCGCUCAUGUGGUCUUACAAGACGCAACACCUGGCCAAGAGCUUCGAGAUGAACCCACAGCUCGGCCGCUACGUGCGCACUCUUGGGCUGAACAACCGGCUGAGGGACCUCAAAGACGACAGCAGAGACGGCCAGAUCAUCGACAUCGAUGCCGUGCUGGGCAAUGUGCCGAAUCUGCGGGUUCUGUCCGCCAAAUGCACCGAUCUGACCUCUGAUCAACGGCGACAAUCGGAUGCUCUGAGAAUCAGCUGGUCUCGGUUUACCUCGUUGCCCCAGCUAUCAAGUGGUCUCACCGAGAAUGUGGGCGUCAAGAUCCCGAAGGAAUAUGCGCCGCCGGCAGAAGGAGAGGGUGAACAAACGCAAGAGGACGAGCAUUUCCCUGAGGGCAGCGCUGCAGCAACAACAGCAGUCGACACAGCGGGCGACAAGAAGAAACCUGCUCAGAAAGAGCUCACGGUCGCCCUUGGUCCCCUCACCCCCUUCCGUGCUCUGAGGGUGCUGCAUUUCCACGGCGCCGCCAAGCUCAAGUUCAAGGACGCCGAUGUUCCUAACGACAUCUUCCCCGUUCUUGAGGACCUCAAGUUCAUGUCGUGCCACACCUCCUUCCUUCGAUUGUUCAACCUUUUCGAGCUGCCGCGACUUCGCAAGCUCGCUCUCCACAGCAGCGCGCAGACCUGCGAGGAUGCAGGCGACUUUCUUGAGCGACACGGGCCGAAAGUUGAGGAACUCGACCUUGCAUUCUUCCCGACUGAUACCGUACUCGAAUUAUGCACGGCGAUGCGAACGCUCCAUGUUCGUGAGCGGAAGCCACCCUCGAAAUACAGCGCUGCGGGUUGGCGGUCGAAGACGCUCUCCGUCAUCCACUUCACUGAUGAGAUGCCAGCCCGAAUACAAGCCCAGCGCCCCUGGGCUCCCGUCUUGUCUACCAUCGACCCGUCUAAAGUCCCGAAGCUGAAGAUCAUGCACAUGGGCCUUUUAUGGCCGACAGACGAGCGCUCAAUCUCCAGCAACUUUUGGAUCCCCUUCGCAGAGUCGUUGCUGCAGAAAGGCAUCGAGAUUCGGGAUCAGGAUAACCUGCCAUGGAUACCGAGGCUACGAUCCCACCGUGAGCUCAAGCGCAAAAUAGCGGACAUGAGCGAGUCCAAGCAUGAAUCCGAUGACUUUGACGACGAUGAAUGAGGGCAACUUGACGCGCCCAUUCCCAUCAAUCACUACGCCAUUUGACUUUUACUGGUAUAUUGAAUCAUACCUCCUUCCAUCCCUCUAUAUCCUACAAAUACCUUACAUAUCUGGUUUCCUAACGCCAAUGGAACUUGCUGACGCUUGUGGGCGCCUUCGCCUUCAAGGC